AUGGUCGCUCUACAUCAUUCCCUCUUCACCACACUCUUUCUAUCUUUCCAGUUCCUCUACCCAACAUCGGCCCAAGACUUCCCCCCUGGGUUCCAUCCCGGUGCAGACGGGCCCGCAUCAGAGGCAACCAAGGGCUUCUGGAUAAAUCACACCGGCCUCAACGUGCGAAACCUCACCGCAAGCAAAGCCUUUUAUGGCUCCGUCCUUGGCAUGCGCCACAUCUUUACAAUCGAUUAUACCGACCACUUCAGCCUAACGUACAUGGGAUUUUCCCAGGGCGGUCGGAACGGGACGGGCUUCCAAACGGGAGAGGAGUUGCGCCGAAUCAAGAACAAUGCUGGCGGAAUGAUCAAGUUGCUUCAUUUCAGUGCGAGUGAGAGUGCAGCGGCUGUGCCAACAGAGCGGACGACGACGUUGUCGAAUCUAGGCCUUGUUGUUCCGGAUUUGCAGGAGGCGGAGAACUGGUUCGAAAGGCAUGGGGUGAAGAUUGUGAAGAAGAGGGGUGUUGAUACGCUGGCUGGAGAUAGCGAUGUCGCUGUGUCGUUUAAUAUUGGGCCCGAGUCGACGAGUAAUCAAACAGAGGUGGAGGAGUUGGUGAAGGGGUUGCAGACGACGGACUUUGGGAAUGUUGUGUUUAUUGAGGAUCCGGAUGGGAAUCUGUUGGAAGUCAUUGAGCAGAACGGCUUUUAG